CAGUGAACCCCGCACCGCAGACUCACCUCCCAGCAGACAUGAAGGCUGCCCUGGUACUGGUCGCGGCGUUAGCCGUCAUUGUGGUCGCCGCCGCGGAGGAGAAGUACACCACCAAGUACGACAACGUCAACCUGGACGAGAUCCUCGCCAACGACCGCCUGCUCAACAAGUACGUCCAGUGCUUGAUGGAGGACGACGAAUCCAACUGCACCGCCGAUGGCAAGGAGCUCAAGAAAGACAUCCCUGACGCCCUGAGCAACGAGUGCGCCAAGUGCAACGAGAAGCAGAAGGAGGGCACCAAGAAGGUGCUGAAGCACCUCAUCAACCACAAGCCCGACGUCUGGGCGCAGCUCAAGGCCAAGUACGACCCCGACGGCACCUACAGCAAGAAGUACGAGGACAAGGAGAAGGAGCUCCACGAAUAAAGGCUGCACUCCCGCGUCUCUGCUGUAUAAAUGUUCUGUCGAAAUAAACUAUGUUCUGUAACUACCUGCAUUGUCUUUCAAAAUGUAAAUUUGUUAUCAGAAUAUAAAUUAUAUUGAUAUUUAAAAAACCGUUUAA